UCUCAACAUGCCAGUUGCUGGAAUUAUUAUCUAUCCAUAUAAAUAUUGGACGUCCUGGAUGGUUUACGUGGCAAAUUGUGAGAGCUUCAGAUUGACAAGUGUCUUUUCAUUGACACGUGGUCCCUUUUCUCAGUUUUCAAUUUUGCAAUGUGUGCCUGCGAUGUAACCUUGUUUGGAUAAGAUUAUACGUAUUCCAACUUCGAAUUUGUCGGGCUAGCGUUCACCUGUUUGGGUUAGACCAACUUACAACUUAAUAUUGGUCUGGGCUUACAACCGGAGGAGGAGGGCCCAAUGUGGAAACGACAAUCUGUGGCGCGUAUUAGGCGUGAUAAUGACAUCAAUCCGCAACUAAAGACUCUUGGAUAACCAGAGAGCAAUUACAGAUUGGAUGCGACUGGACUGGACUGGACCAAACAGAAGCCUAGUACCUUCCCUCUGCGCUGCACGAAAGAGAAGAAAAUAGAUAGCGAAAAUAAACAACACUGCAUAUCACUGUUGCCUUUUUCAUCAUUCAUCUCUCGCUCUUUUCUUGGAUUUCUCCAGUAACUUUUUCAUUGUCGAGAAAAGAAUCGAGCUGCGAUAUAUCAAAAGCUGGUGGAGCACAGUAUUAGGAAAACCUAGACAUUUGAAUUCUUCAGCUUUGUUAGUGGAAAGGAGCUAAAGCUAAAAUCUUUUUGCUAGAAAAAAUUCAUUAGUGGAUUUUGUCCAUGGCAAGUUUGGUAAAUUCAGUAUCACCUUUAACGAAAGCAUUUCCAGAGGCAGCAAGAAUAGCUUGCGGGUUCUUUUCUCAUGUACCAAAUCUCCAUUCGUUCUCACUCAACAAAGGAUUUACUAGAGUUUUGGCAUCUACCCAGAUCACAAUUUCACCAAAAGACUCCGUUGCUACACUACCCAAUUGGAGAUCUGGUAAGAAUGAUCAAAGAAGUAGGGAAAUUAGGCUCAGUGAUGCAUUUUUUCAUCUAGAGUUUUUGGUUAAGAAGGGACUAAAGCCUGAUGCCGUUCAAACAACACAGCUAUUGUAUGAUUUGUGCAAGUCAAAUAAGAUGAAGAAAGCAAUAAGAGUGAUGGAAAUUAUGAUUGGUUCUGGUAUUAUUCCUGAUGCUUCUGCUUAUACUUUUUUGGUAAACUAUUUGUGCAAGAGGGGAAACAUUGGGCACGCAAUGCAGUUAGUGGAGAAAAUGGAAGAAUAUGGCUACCCACCCAAUACUGUUACCUAUAAUUCGCUUGUUAGAGGGUUUUGCUUGAACGGGAACUUGAAUAAGAGCUUGCAGUUUCUGGAUAAGUUAAUGCAGAAAGGGUUGGUCCCAAAUGCAUUCACUUACUCGUCCUUGCUUGAAGCAACUUAUAAGGAGAGAGGAGUGAAUGAAGCAAUGAGGCUUUUAGAUGAGAUAAUUGCAAAGGGCGGGCAGCCUAAUUUGGUUAGUUAUAAUGUUUUGUUAACUGGAUUGUGUAAGGAAGGUAGGAUUGAAGAGGCAAUUCAGUUAUUCAGGAGUCUGCCUUCAAAAGGGUUCAAUCCGAAUGUUGUAAGCUGUAAUAUUCUACUGCGUAGUCUCUGUUACGAGGGACGAUGGGAGGAGGCAAAUGAUCUUAUGUCUGAGAUGGAUGGUGAGGAACGGUCUCCAACAAUUGUUACCUAUAAUAUAUUAGUUGGUUCACUCGCAUUUCAUGGCAGGACAGAACAGGCUCUUCAGAUUAUUGAUGAAAUGAUGAAGGGACCAUUUAAGCCCACUGCUACUGCCUAUAAUCCAAUUAUCGCACGCCUUUGCAGAGAGGGUAAGGUGGACCUUGUGGUUAAGUGUCUAGACCAAAUGAUUCAUCACCGUAUUAAUCCCAAUGAGGGAACUUUCAAUGCCAUUGCUGUGCUCUGCAAGGACGGAAAGGUUCAAGAGUCAUUUUCCCUAAUCCAAAGCUUGAGCAAUAAACAAACUGCUUCCCCCCAUGACUUCUACAAAGGUGUAGUCUCGUGUUUGUGUAAAAAAGGGAACACGUAUCCAGCAUUUCAGCUUUUAUAUGAGAUGACAAAGUAUGGAUUUACUCCUGAUUCUUACACUUACUCAUCUUUGAUAAGAGGAUUGUGUAUUGAAGGAAUGCUAUAUGAAGCAAUGGAGGUUUUUAAGUUAUUGGAAGAAAAUCAUUACAAGCCUGAUGUUGACAAUUUCAAUGCCCUUAUACUAGGAUUUUGUAAAUCUCACAGAACAGAUUUGUCCUUGGAGGUUUUUGAGAUGAUGAUUGAGAAGGGGUACAAGCCUAGUGAAACAACUUACACUAUUCUGAUAGAAGGAAUUAUCCAUGAGGAUGAGAAGGGAGUAGCAGCAGAAGUCUUAAAAGAAUUGCAUCUAAGACGAGUUAUGAGUCAAAGUACAGUUGAAAGACUUUCUGUGCAAUACGACCUUGAGGGUUUUCCAAUAUAAAUCCGCAUUCAGUAGCCCGCUGGAAUAGAAAACUACCCCAAGAAAUUUAGAUUGUGACUCUUCAGAUUGAGAGCCAUAGCGAUGCCAAAUUAAGAAAUCUAUGGAAUGAAGAUCGAAGAGAGGCUAACAUUCAAAAUUUAUACAAAUUUUAGAGAGGUUGGCAAGCGGUCAUGUUAUAUAUCUCUGCUUCCUUCAAGCAUAUGGCAGAGAUCUUGCAUCUUUCAGUUAGCAAACAAUUCACAUGGUUGAUUUGAUUUGCUGUGACAUAUAAUUCAUCAGCUUCAUCUAUCAUUGAUAUGUAACACAAAACAUACAAUUGGUGUAUGAUUUUUACUAUAUUCUUGGAAAUGCUAAAUGCUAGAUAUUGCUCUAGGUA